AACCCUGAUAAAUAACGAACAGUCCCUUGGUAAACCCUCGAGUACCUGUUGUCAUGGUAACCAGCAGGAACUCGUUGUAGUGGCGCCAAACGGCCACAGGAGGGCAGCGCGUGAUCACGUUUCUCCGCGUGAGAAAGCAGCGAGGAACCAGUCAGGUAGUCAGGGGGCAGAUCCGAGCUCCAGAUACCAGACGGGGAGGCUGCUCGGCUCACACCCCGCUGGGUUUUCCUCUGACGCCGCUGCUGCUGCCUCUGCUCGGCUCCUCCCGGGACACCAUGGUGGCGAAGAACAGAAAGCAGACCGGGAAGAGUCCGGCGACCCAGACUGACCGCGACAGGGUCCCGCUUGUUUCUCCCCCCGGUAAAAGUAACGUCAGGCGACCGGGCAGGGACGGAAAGGCGUUCAGCAGCUCCCAUUCAAACGGGCUGUCGGGCAUCAGACACCGGCUGGGGCUGAGUCCGUCCGCCGCGGUGAGGCUGGGGGUCACGCUGCUGCUCGCUGGUCUGACCGGGUGUCUCCACUGGCAUCACCUCUCACAGCUGUUCGAGAAUGACAGACACUUUUCACACCUGUCCAACCUGGAGAAGGAGAUGGCUUUCCGGACAGAAAUG